AUGUCGCGGAGGACGCUGGGCGGAGGCCGUGUUCUGGGAAAUCCGAGCGCUCUCGCAGCAGCUCCGUCCCCGCAGCCUAAGAGGGUGCUCUCGCCAGCUGCCAGCAGUGUUUCCCUGAAUUCGCAAACAUCUGCAUCACAGGUAUCCUCGGAAGCCCAGGACAUCACCUCCCGAAUAUCCCUAGAAAAUGGCGAUACUUCAAUAUCUGCCGCGCCGACUGCCCCGGGGGCCCAACUCUCCUGUCCGAUCUGCAGUGAGGAGAUGAUGACCCUGCUCCAGUUGAACCGACAUCUCGACGAUCUCCACCAGAACCUCGAAGAUGACCGACAAGAUGAAGUCAAGGAUUGGUUCAAAUAUCAAAUGGAAAAGGCCCGGAAAUUUCAACCUCUUGCAGUCCUGAACCAGAAACUCAAGGGCCUGGAUGUUUUCGAAUCAAACGAGAACCAAGGCGCGCCUGUUCUCAGCCGGCCGCCGGCGGCUCACGCAGGGGCGUCCGAAUCCCCAAGACCACUCGAUCCCGAAGAUCUCAUCACAAAAGACCACUGGCAAACAAGUUACCUCUACGAUGAAUGUUUGGAACCAUCGUGCGGGAAACGAUUAAAUGCCACCAACGGCUGUGUGAAUUGUCGGAGCUGCGGAAAGUUAUUCUGCGAAGAACAUACCAUGUACCAGAUGAAACUAUCACGCUCAGCGCAUCAUGAACCCGUGCGAGGGAUAUGGGCUCGAGUGUGUGAGACUUGCUACAAGUCAAGAGAAGGAUACAAUGACCAUAAUGGUACCACUCGCAACCAAACCGAUGCAUUCAAGUCAAUACGAAAACAAACCGUUGACAAAGACUUUUUGGAAAUCUCUCGACUUGAGAAACGACUUACUCGUCUUACCCAGCUUUUGGCUAGCCUACCCCCUGACCAAAUACACCCAAGUGCAACCAAAUUAUGGUCCCUUGCAUGGCAGAGCGAUCAACGCAAAGCGCUGGAGCAAACCAUUGUGAGUUGGCAAGAUGAUGCCAGUGUUUCACGGUGUCCAUUCUGCCAGCAGGACUUUUCGGGUUAUACAUUCCGCCGGCACCAUUGCAGAACUUGUGGACGGGUCGUCUGCGGUGAUCCCAGCACAGCAUGCUCCAGCGAAAUUGGGCUAAGCAUUGCUCCUUCCAACACCGAGAAGGCAAACCCGGAAAACCUCAUCAACGUGGAUAUAAGGCUAUGCAAGGAAUGCAAAUCGACGCUUUUUGACCACCGCGACUUCAAAGUGGACACCACUCGAAAACCACCCGAGAUCAGAGCGUAUGAGAACCUGACACAGUUCGAAAGAGGCAUCCGUCUACAUCUACCUCGGUUCCAAAAGCUGUUAACGGCUCUCCAAGAUCCAAGACGGCCUCCGUCAUCUGCCCAAAUCGCAGACGCUUCCAAGGUCCGCAAACGACUGAUUGACUCUUUUGCACAAUAUGAUGUUGCCGCUAGGAGAAUACGCGAUAUGCCCACCGAAUCUCCCACUCAACAACGGCUGCAGAAGGCUAUAUAUCAGCAAGCUAGCAAUUUCCUUCAUCUCCACAUGCUGCCGCUGAAAACCCUCCCCAAAGUUCUCAAACAUUCUACCCCUGCAUCAGAGAGGAUUCCGAGCCGAGCAAGUACUCCUAGCACCUCUAUCAAUGGCUCAACGACGACUCUGCGAUCGCCAGAGCCUGCUCUCUCAUCUAUUAAAUACAACAGCGUUGCUGCCAGCGGCAGCAACACCAGUCUAGCCAGUGAAACCAGCAGUGCUGUCUCGGCCCUGGAGGCCGAAGAGAAAUCUCUCCGAGACCGGCUGAUCGUACUAGAGGAGCAAAAGUUCUUUGUCUCUGAGAUGAUUGCCGACGCCAAUCGGCGGCGAAAAUUCGACGAAGUCAGCAGCUUAGCGAUGAACGUGGAAGACCUGAGCCGUGAGAUCGAUCGUGUCAACGGCAUGCUUGCGGGCCUUGACUUCGAGGGUGUGUAUACGGGUAAUUUGCAAAUCAAUUGA